GUCAUUGUUCUGCGCUCCGCGGCCGGAGCUGUGGUUGCCGGAAGUUGAGCCGCGACCAAUAAGAGCAGUGGCAAUGGGGGACCCUGGACUGUCCAAGCUGCAGUUCGCCCCCUUUAAUAGUGCCCUGGAUGUUGGCUUCUGGCACGAACUGACCCAGAAGAAGUUGAAUGAGUACCGCCUGGACGAGGCUCCCAAGGACAUCAAGGGCUAUUACUACAAUGGUGACUCUGCUGGCCUGCCUACCCGCUUGACGUUGGAGUUCAGUGCUUUUGACACGAGUGCCCCCACGCCUGCCCGCUGCUGCCCUGCCAUGGGGACCCUGUACAACACCAACACUCUCGAGGCUUUUAAGACUGCAGACAAGAAACUACUUCUGGAACAGUCGGCAAACGAGAUCUGGGAAGCCAUAAAGUCGGGCGCUGCUCUUGAAAACCCCUUGCUCCUCAACAAGUUUCUGCUCUUGACUUUCGCGGAUCUGAAGAAGUACCACUUCUACUAUUGGUUUUGCUGUCCUGCCCUCUGCCUUCCUGAGAGCAUCCCUCUAAUCCAGGGGCCUGUGGGCUUGGAUCAGAGGCUUUCACCAAAACAGAUGCAGACCCUCGAGCGUGCCUACGAUGACCUAUGUCAAGCCGAAGGAGUCACCGCCCUGCCAUACUUCUUAGUCAAGUACGAUGACCACACCGUGCAGGUCUCCUUGCUCAAACACUACAGUGAUUUCUUCCAAGGUCAAAGGACAAAGAUAACAGUUGGUGUGUACGAUCCCUGUAAUCUAGCCCAGUACCCUGGAUGGCCUUUGAGGAAUUUUUUGGUCCUGGCAGCCCAUAGAUGGAGCAGCAGUUUCCAGUCCGUUGAAGUCCUCUGCUUUCGAGACCGCACCAUGCAGGGGGCGAGAGGAGUGGCACACAGCAUCAUCUUCGAGGUGAAACUUCCAGAAAUGGCGUUUAGCCCAGAUUGUCCAAAAGCAGUUGGCUGGGAGAAGAACCAGAAAGGAGGCAUGGGACCAAGGAUGGUGAACCUCAGCGGAUGCAUGGACCCCAAAAGGCUGGCUGAGUCAUCCGUGGAUCUGAAUCUCAAGCUGAUGUGCUGGCGAUUGGUCCCCACCUUGGACUUGGACAAGGUCGUGUCCGUCAAGUGCCUGCUGCUGGGGGCCGGCACCUUGGGGUGUAAUGUAGCAAGAACACUGAUGGGCUGGGGCGUCAGACAUGUCACAUUUGUGGACAAUGCCAAGAUCUCCUACUCCAACCCAGUGAGGCAGCCUCUGUAUGAAUUUGAAGAUUGUCUUGGGGGUGGCAAGCCCAAGGCCCUGGCUGCAGCAGAGCGGCUCCAGAAAAUAUUUCCCGGAGUGAAUGCCCACGGGUUCAACAUGAGCAUCCCCAUGCCAGGACAUCCUGUGAAUUUCUCUGACGUCACGCUGGAGCAGGCCCGCAGAGAUGUGGAGCAGCUGGAGCAGCUCAUCGAGAGCCAUGAUGUCAUCUUCCUGCUAAUGGACACCAGAGAGAGCCGGUGGCUUCCUGCUGUCAUUGCAGCCAGCAAGCGAAAGCUGGUCAUCAACGCUGCCUUGGGAUUUGACACCUUUGUUGUCAUGAGACACGGCUUGAAGAAACCCAAGCAGCAGGGAGCUGGAGACCUGUGCCCAAGCCACCUUGUGGCACCUGCUGACCUGGGCUCCUCACUUUUUGCUAACAUCCCUGGAUACAAGCUUGGCUGCUAUUUCUGCAAUGACGUGGUAGCUCCGGGAGAUUCCACCAGAGACCGGACGCUGGACCAGCAAUGCACAGUGAGCCGCCCAGGCCUGGCCGUGAUUGCAGGUGCCCUGGCUGUGGAGCUGAUGGUGUCUGUCCUACAGCAUCCUGAGGGGGGCUAUGCCAUCGCCAGCAGCAGUGAUGACCGCAUGAACGAACCUCCCACCUCUCUGGGGCUUGUGCCUCACCAGAUCCGGGGAUUUCUGUCACGGUUCGAUAAUGUCCUUCCUGUCAGCUUGGCAUUUGACAAAUGUACAGCCUGUUCACCCAAAGUUCUUGAUCAAUACGAGCGGGAAGGAUUUGCCUUCUUAGCGAAGGUGUUUAACUCCUCACAUUCCUUCUUAGAAGACUUGACUGGUCUUACCCUGCUCCACCAAGAGACCCAAGCUGCGGAGAUCUGGGACAUGAGUGAUGAGGAGACCAUCUGAGGAACCACAGCUCAGGAGUGUUCGGGCCUCAGCGCAGGAUUGCUCCCCAGGACUGGCCAUCUGGGCCCUGCCACCUCCCUGGUUCUGAUUCCCACUCCCCCGAGGACUAGGGGUACCCCUGCUGCCCAGUUCUGCUCUUUCUGCACCAUCUCACCAGCUCUGAACUCAAUAACAACUUUGGCAUUGCCACUGAUCUGGGGGUCCUUCCAUGUGCGUUUUUUUCCUCUCCUGCUGUCAAAAGAUUCCCCUGGGAUCUUUUCACCUUGGCCCAUUAGGAGUGGAGGGAGCAUCUGACUCAGCAUAGAUCAAACACGGAUGCGCUAGGAGCCCCAUGUUGAGAGGACCUGCUGUGGGCCCUGGCAGCACCACACUGGCCCACCCUCAGCUGCCGGCAUGUUGUGGUGCCGCCCUGCUCCGGGGAUGAGAAGAAGCUCUUGCCACGGUGCUGGUGGAAGGCAGGGCAGAGCUCUGCCUGACUGGAGUGCAGCUAGACCACAGGCAGGUGCUUCUCUGCGGCUGCUACUGGGGCAAGGCUAGUUUACCUCCUCAUUCUGGUAGGUCCUUGGCAACUGUGGUCACCUGUCCUAAAUAGAAGUGCUCUUCCUAGCAGCCCCCACACACACACAUCUUCCACUUGGGUCAUGUCUAGAACAGAAGCCCAUACAUGGCUGACUUCAGCAGAUUUCAGUAAGGGAGACUUGAGAAGACCUUGGCCUAAGGUAACCCUGCCCACCUGCACAAGGAUUCCCAGAAACAGGCAGGCCUGGGCACAGGGCGGCACCACAUGCCACCCUAGGGUGGAAGAACCACACAAAACCUUGGUUUAAGAGCACUUUAUUAUUGUUCUUAAGGCUACUUU